AUAACCGGCGGCAAUUGGGCGAGCCGAGCCGCGGCGUUCGUUCGGGCCGCGCGACAUUCCGGCCGCUGCGGCACUCCGGAUCUCGACGCGGCGUCUUCUGCUGUGACAGUCGUGUGGUAGUCGACGGUAUAGCGUCCGGACGGGUGCCUAACUAAUAAGCGAGGGUUCUGAGGAUAAAGCACUCCGAGAGGGAAUAGAGAACGGAGCUGGAACGAUGUCGCCGUCACAGUCACAGGUCGAGCUGGAUGAAACAGCUGUGGAGAACUUUCGCGAGUACCUGCGGAUACCAUCGGUGCAGCCGAAUAUUAAUUACGAUGCGUGCGUGGAAUUUUUAAAAAAACAAGCGCAGUCACUCGACUUGCCGAUCAAAAUCUACCAUGUACAUCCCGAGAAACCGAUCGUGAUUCUCACAUGGGUAGGAACGCAACCGACGAAGCCGUCGAUUCUCUUGAAUAGUCACAUGGACGUUGUGCCUGUCUACGAGGACAAAUGGACCUAUCCACCGUUCAGCGCUCACAUGGACGAGCAGGGUAACAUCUACGCUCGCGGUAGCCAGGAUAUGAAAUGUGUCGGGAUACAAUAUUUGGAAGCGAUUCGUAGAUUGAAGCUGAACGGACAACGUUGCGAGCGCACCAUUCAUAUCUCCUUCGUGCCGGAUGAAGAGAUUGGCGGUGUUCUCGGGAUGAAAGAUUUCGUACACACCGCGGACUUCAAAGCUCUGAACGUUGGUUUUUCCUUGGACGAGGGUGUGGCCUGUCCAAAGGAUCACUUCUACAUGUUCAACGGAGAGAGAUCGAUCUGGCACGUGAAUAUAAGAUGCGCCGGCAACACCGGUCACGGCUCGAUUAUGCUAGACAAUACGGCCGCGGAAAAAUUGAGAGUCAUAAUCAAUCGUUUCAUGGAGUUCAGAGAGUCUGAGAAAGCGAAGCUGAAGGAUCCCAAGAAUCAACUUGGCGAUGUAACUUCUGUCAAUCUUACGAAAAUUUCGGGUGGCGUACAGGAUAAUGUUAUACCCGCCGAGCUCUAUGUUACAUUCGACAUACGUAUAACGCCCAGUGUCGAUCACGAAGAAUUCGAGGCUACUAUCAAACGCUGGUGCGAGGAAGCCGGGCCAGACGUAACCUAUUCCUUCGAAGAAAAAAAUCCCAAAGUCGAGAGUACGAAGCUUGACGAUUCUAAUCCUUUCUGGCUCGCUUUUAAAAAGUGCUGCGACGAAAUAGGUGUCGAGCUGCAAAUUGGUAUCUUUCCAGGAGGCACAGAUAGCCGUUUUGUGCGCGGGGUGGGAAUUCCUUCUAUCUGCUUUUCGCCAAUGAACAACACAAAGAUACUUCUUCACGAUCACGAUGAAUAUUUAAAUAAAGACAUAUUUCUGAAAGGAAUAGAAAUAUAUACCAAAAUAAUACCAGCUGUUGCAAGCGCUUAAAUCUACACGCAGUAUAUUGUAUCAUAAAAGUCUGAAAGAUGCCAUAAUCAUAUAUAUAAUUAGUGGCAGCUCAUUUUGCAAACCUGCCAAUGGUAUUAUUCCGAGUCUUCUUGAGCUUAUAAGCAAAUCAUAUGUGCAAUACUAUAUCAAGUCAAUAUAUAUCUAUACUGCAUUUAUAUAUAUUAAUGUUAUAUAAUUUUAAAAGUUUAUGAUUGUUGGAUAUAUUUAUCUUGAGAAGGUAUACUCUCAAGCAAUAAAUAUAAGGAAAGAUGAAUGAUACAUGAAUAUUCAUAAAGAAACAAACAUAUGAGCAAAGAUUCAAAUCUAAUAACAAAUAACAGAACAUGAACAGAUGUCAAGUAUUGACUCACAUGUAAAGAUGGAUAGAAGAAAACAACAACAUCAAGACAAUAUGAUAUCAAGAUAUUAGUAGAAAACUGGAUGGCCAGAUAAUCAUCAAUUAUGAAGAUAAAAUGCACAGUUUUUAUUUACCUGUAUGGACAUUGAAAAUGGAGUAUGAAAACAAUGGUGCUACAAGUAUACGUUUUGCUGGGACCAAAGCAAUGCGCGCAUAUUGCUCAAUAUAAAGAAUUUCCUUGAAAUACGUAAAGUUAUAAAGUAUAUAUAUAUAUAUAUAUAUGUGAGAGAGUGUUAUCUUAAACCAAAUAUUUUUAUAAGAUUGAACAUAAGUAUAUGUAUGCUAUAUAUAUAUAUAUAUAUAUAUAUAUAUAUAUAUAUAUAUAUACAUAUUCUUAUGAGAGUCUGAAGCAAUAAGAAAAACAAAGAUAUUAAUAUAUAUACAUUGAAAUAAUUAAGCUACUGAAUAAACCGGGAUAUGAUUGAUAAAUGUAUUCUAAUACAUAUUAUACCAAAGUUAUGCAGAAAAAUAUGUAAUCAACGGUAAGGAAUGAAAUAAAAAUUAUAGAAAAAUA